AUGCCCUACAGCUUCUCGCCGGCGGACUCGGUCCCCAGCUCUCCCGAGUCGGAGAUGCCCCUCACCGUCUCCCCCGCCGACACCUCUUUACUUGAGGUCGACGAGGAUGAGAAGACGGACGAGAAGAAACCCGCCAAGAAGAGGAAGUCAUGGGGUCAGGAACUCCCCGUUCCCAAGACCAACCUGCCUCCACGAAAACGGGCCAAGACAGACGACGAGAAGGAGCAACGCCGCAUCGAGCGCGUCCUCCGGAAUCGCGCCGCCGCCCAGACUUCGCGUGAGCGCAAGCGUCUCGAAAUGGAGAAGCUCGAGAAUGAGAAGAUCCAGAUGGAACAACAGAACCAGUUCCUCCUCCAACGUCUCAACCAGAUCGAGGCCGAGAACAACCGACUCAACAAGCAAGUCGCUCAACUCUCGGCCGAGGUCCGUGGUUCCUCUCGCGGCAGCACCCCCAACCGCACCAUCGCCUCCCCGCCUUCGCCCUCCCCCACCCUCACGCCCACCCUGUUCAAACAGGAGCGCGAUGAGCUCCCUCUCGACCGCAUCCCUUUCCCCACCCCGUCCUCCCUCGCCCACGCCACCUUCUCCCCCACCCUCAAGCCUUCCACUCUGGACGAGUCCACCGAUCCGGCACAACAUCCUGCAGCGGUGUUGUAUGGAAGCGCCCUCCCCCUCUUUGACCUCGGCGUCGGCAGUGGAUCUCACGCUGCAGAUGACGCUGCGGCUCCUCUUUCUGACGAUGACUUCCACCGCCUCUUCCACGGUGAUUCUCCCGCUGACUCAGAUCCUGCGGUCCUUGAAGACGGGUUCGCCUUUGACGUUCUCGACGGCGGAGAUCUCUCGGCAUUUCCCUUUGAUUCUCUGGUUGAUUUCGACUCCGAGCCUGUCCUCCCCCUCUCGGCCCUCGACCCGCCCCACGGUCUUCCGGAUGAGACUGCUCGCUCGCCUGCUCGCUUGCAACCCUGCCUUGGCGCGUCCACUUCGUGA